GUGCGGUGAGUCAUCUGACAGCUGCUCGGGAAUAGAUGCACUUGUUGAAUCAGGUCCUGAAUUCAGCCGGGGGCCACAGGUUGUGCGUUAAGUCAUCUGAAAUCUCUGACGGACCCCUUGUAAAUGAAAACACACUAAAGAACCGACUGGACUAGAUCGAUUUUAUAACCUCACAUCACCGCGAAGCUGCAUUGCCAGCAGGUCAGGUGUUUUGAUGUCUGCACAGCGAUUGUCUCUCUGGCCAUGUCUGCGUACUGCCCUGAGCUGCGGGGUUCUCAUGCUGGCUGCUCUGCCAGACUUAACCACAGGCAAGAAUUGCUCCCACCCAAUCAUCCCUGAGCAUGGAGGUUUCCGCUGUGAACCCUCUCCCUGUCGUGGCUUUCCCCAAAAGAGCAUCAUUCGCUUCUUCUGCGAGCCCGGCUACACUCUUCCCAAACGCCACCAUUGGUCAAAGUGUCAACAUGGGGAAUGGCAUCCAAAAAUGCCCACCUGUAUACCCCGACUAGAUGGUCAAGCUGAACAACAAGAAAAAAUAGUCAAUUCUAUCCCAAGCGUGGCUACGACUGCUAUUGGAGUGUCCAUCUUCCUUCUCACAACAACAGCCUGUUUGGUCAUCAAAUCCCGUCUACUCUCCUGCCGAACGCAACGGCGUUCCUCAGACCAGUUGGACCUUGUGGUAGAUGGUUUACCUGUAUCUCUUCCCACAUAUGAGGAGGCAAUCUACGGCAGUUGGGGCCAGCGACUCCCGCCGUUCCGUGGACCCACUCAGCUCCUACUGGCCCAGGACGCAUCAGAACACAGUCCACUGACUUCGCUCAUACGGUCCGAUUUGAGUCGUGGCACAGACACAGCCAAUCAGAGCACAGAGACUCCGCCGCCACCUUAUGAAGAGGUCCAAUCACGAUCCAGAGACACUGGGAAUGACAGUGACGAACGGGCUUUGCAAAGUGCACUUUCUGAUGAUAAAAACAACUAAUUACUGGACUAUAAAUGAACUCACCUUUAGCCUUUUGAUUGUUCAUUCCUUGCACAGUCCUUGUGACUUUUCUUUCAAACUUUGAUUGUGGAUUCAUCCUUUUGUGGCUUAAAACACCAGUAAAAAACUGGUGCAAAUGUUUCGCAACGACCUUAUUGGUCAGAUAUAUUUGGUUUUCUUUGGUGACCUGCUGCAGUAUUCAUUUGUCAAUGUUUUCACUGACCAAGCUGGAGAUGUGGCUGUCGUCUCCCCUCCGUGAGGGGAAACAAGGUGUUCAAGGAGACUUUUAUGAUUGAUGAAUGACUUUUAUUUAAUAAUGUAGGUAUUGCAGCUAUAUCUGUGAGGAUGAGAUGCUGUGUAGUUAAAUUUUAGGGGUGAUGACUUAAGAUUAGCACGGAAAGAAUAUGAUUCCUUUGACUGAUACCUGACCUUUAACCUCAUUCUGUGUUUUUUCAGAGCAUUUAGAUUGCUUGAAUGUCAUAGCCAGACUGAGAUUGUGCCUGUUGACUGAUGAAUUGUAGUAUAUAUGAUUUUAUUCUGAAUCCUUCCACCUGUAUAGAUCUAUCUGUUGUUAAAUAUUGCGUUAAUAUAUAGAACAGGGGAAUUGACUUGAAGUAUGCUUGCUGAAUGGACAUUGAAUGUGUUUUUGUGUUUAUAUUUUUCAUUUAUCAUUUUAUGAUAUGUAACAUUUACAUCUUGUAUAUAGUUCUGCACAAAUAGACUAUGUAAAAUUAAUAAUUAUACAUUUUUAAAACUUUAUGAAUGGAAUGUUUGCUAUUAAAAAUGAUUUUAAAUCUUU